GAAGAUUGCUUUGUCCCAUACCCGUGACCCAGCAGAGAUCCCUUUCGGUGAGCAUGGUGCCGAGUACGUGUGCGAAUCCACUGGUGUCUUCCUCACCACGGAGAAGGUUAAGGGUCACUUGAAGGCCGGUGCCAAGAAGGUGAUCUUCUCAGCUCCUGCCAAGGAUGACUCCCACACCAUUGUCAUGGGUGUGAAUGAGGGCACUUACGACCCAUCCAUGGAGGCCGUCUCUUGCGCCUCCUGCACCACCAACGGCCUUGCCCCGGCAGUGCGUGUCCUGCAGGAGAAGUGGGGCAUCAAGCGUGGAUUGAUGACGACUUGCCAUGCCAUGACUGCCUCCCAGCCUACCGUGGAUGGCACCUCCAAGAAGGACUGGCGUGGUGGCCGUGCUGGCCCAGGCAACAUCAUUCCUAGCAGCACCGGUGCUGCGAAGGCCGUCGCCAAGGUGAUCCCAGAGGUCAAGGGCAAGCUCACUGGCAUGGCCCUCCGUGUCCCAACCAUUGAUGUCUCCGUGGUGGAUCUCACUGUGGAGUUGGAGAAGGAGACCACUUACGAG